UUCAUAAACCAAUCGGCCCUUAACUAACUUCUUUGCUCCUCCCUUCAUAUGCAUCUCUGCCAUGUUAUGGCAGUUUUGAAAACAUAUGAUCAACUGAAAACAACAACAACAACAACAACAACAGAGGACGUGCCAACACCUCUGAUGGAUAUGCAGAUCAAGAUUUUGGAGAAAUUAUCUCCGUUUAUCUUUCUAGUUCUGUUCUGUUGGGCCCCGCUGGUGUUUUUUGGCCAUGAACGAAGACGCUAAGGCCGUGGUGACAGACUGCUACGUCUCUGAGCUCACAUGCUUUUUGUGUCUCUGAGGGCAGUGCCUCCCAAAAAAGACGCUGCAUCAUGGGGCCCACACUUUGGUACGUUCCCCUGUGAUCCCUCUCUUAAGGCCCAAACAGCAGCUGGCGAGAUUAGAGAGGAGAGGACACCGACACACAACACACUCACAGCAACGCGGCCGGCCAGGAUAGAUCCGGUUCAAACUGGAGUGGGUACAUCCAAACAGCUUCACUCGUCAAGGAUCACCUAAACUGGACCUCUUAUGUCCGUGGAUCUCCAGCAACCUCACGGUGGACCUAAUCUUUUGUUUGAACCUCUAUCCCCAUAUCAUUACUUCAUUUUGGGGUCCAGGCUGCAUGAAACUCCAUAACUGGUACAGUUUAAACUGACUUAUCUGUACUAAUCUCACUUUGGCCAUGAGCUGUUUUGGGUACCGCCGAGAGUUGAGUAAGUACGAAGAUGUUGAUGAGGACGAGCUUUUGGCUUCCCUCACCCCCGAAGAGCUGGCUGAGUUGGAAAAGGAGCUGGUGGAUAUCGAUCCUGAUGCCAACGUGCCAACAGGACUCAGACAGAGAGACCAGACGGACAAGACCCCAACGGGCACCUUCAGCAGAGAGGCCCUCAUGAAGUAUUGGGAAAACGAGACACGUAGACUGAUGGAGGACGAGAUUUGUGGAGGAAGCCCCAAACCGGAUGAAGAACAAGAGGAGUGUGUGACAGAAGAAAACAGCGGAGCAGAGGAGGAAAAAGAUGUUGAAAAUGAGAAAGAACAGAGAAAGCAUGAAGCGCUAAAGCAGAAGGAAGAAGAGGAAGAGGAGGACGAACAAGAAGAAGAGGAGAGUGAGGAAGCUGUAACAGAGGAGGAGGAGGAAGAAGAUGACGAGGAAGAGGAAGAUGAGGAGGAGGAGGAAGAUGACGAUGAUGAUGAUGAUGACGAUGAUGAUGACAACGAUGACGAUGACGAUGAGGAGGGACAAGAUAAUAAAUUAAAACCCGAGCCCUCAAUGGAGUCUGGGGCGCAGUCAUGGGCCGACACCCUAAAGCUACUCAAGCCGCAGAGGGUGGAGCCUGUGAGACUGACUCCUCCCCCUCCACCUGCCGACCCGAAUGCGAUGGGAAACCCAACCGUCGUCGACGAAGCUCUCCAACGAGCUCUUGGCAACGACCCUGAGCUCACGGAGGUUAAUCUGAACAACAUUGACGACAUCUCAAAGGAAACCCUCAUCCGAUUUGCUGAAGCACUGAGGUCCAACACAUACGUAAGGGUCUUUAGCGUCGCCAACACCCGAGCCGACGACGCAGUCGCGCUGGCCAUUGCUAAGAUGCUGAGGGAAAACUCGUCCAUCAUCAGUCUGAAUAUAGAGUCCAACUAUGUGAGUGGAAAGGGCGUGAUGGCGAUGGUUCAAGCACUUCCUGGAAACAACACCCUGACUGAGCUUCGGUUCCACAAUCAGAGACACAUGUGCGGAGGACAGGUGAGUUCUUCACAACGAGGUUCUUCUUGCCUUGUCUUAUCUGCAUGGAGUAACAAUGUCUACCUCCCGUCCCCUCAGGUAGAGAUGGAGAUGGUGAAGAUACUGAGGGAAAACCACACCUUGAUCAAGUUGGGCUACCAGUUUAACCUGCCUGGUCCCAGGAUGAGCAUGACGGGGAUCCUCACCAGGAACCAGGACCGCCAGAGACAGAAACGGUUACAAGAGCAGAGACAGCUGCAGCAGGAGGGCCAACAGGGGGCACCAGAGGGAGCCGUGAACCCCAGAACCAGCGCACUGAAAGGAACUCCUCGUUCAUCCCCUUACAGCUCACCCAGAGCCUCUCCUUGGUCCUCACCCAAACUCCCCAGGAGAGACCUGGCUAAACAGACUCCUCCAGCUCCAGCUCCUCCCCCCCCUCCACCACCUCCUCCUCCUCCCCCACCUCCUCCGCCACCACCACCUCCUCCGCAGCGGGAGGAGAAGAAGAAGCCCACCAGGAUGAUCGCGGAGGUCAUCAGGGCACACGAGGCAGGCAGCAAGAAGGUGAGGAAGACAAAAGGUAAGAAAGGCAAGAAGGGGAAGGAGACGGGGAAAGCGGAGACGAGCAGCAUCCUGAGGGAGCUCAAGAACGCACUGAGGCCCGUGUCGGUGGAGAGGAGAGGGGAGGAGGCCAGCAGGCCGUCCACGCCGGUGAGGUCAGCGCACGACCAGCUAAUGGAGUCCAUUCGCAACAGCAGCACCGGCAGCCUGAAACGGGUAAGUUCAAGGAAGUGUGCAGCAACAGGGACGUUUAAAUGAUGUUUGUUACCUGAUGUUAUUAUCCCCUAAAUACUGCAUCAGAUUGAAGCUGGGUUAUUUAGAAAUGUGUUGAGUGGGGAAAAAAAAAACGUUCAUCCUCCACAAGCAGUGGAGCAAUGGACCUAAAUGCAAAUUGCAUUAAGUGCCCCUACAGGCAAACUGAACAAGAGGGAGGUUUAAUUUAGAUGAGGGUGACACAGAGUCAGUGGUGUCUGAGUCAUGGUAUGUUCUGCCUAUACACUGGGGUUGGCAGGCAAAAGGCUGCUCACCACCAGCUAGCACUGUGGUAUGAUCACAAUUACAGCCAGAGAGAGAGAGGUAUACAGAAAAGCCAAUUUAAGCUGAACGAAGUAAAAAAAGGAUUUUAAAUGAAGAGAAUGAGACUAACAAAUAGAGAGCAUUCUGGGUUAUCUCAUAAGCAGUAUGUUACUUUUACUGUAAAGGAAAUUAAUACAUCAGAAACAGGGUUUUUUGCUAUUUUUUUAUUUAUCUUGGAGAAGAGAGUGAAGUAUUACCUUGGCUGAAGCUUUAGCACAGCUUGUAACAUUGUUAGAGUGGAAAAUCAGCUCUGCCCUGAGAUGACGGGGUCUCCUAGCUGUGAAAUUCCUGCCACUUAGUGAAGGUAUUUAUAGAAACCGUCCAGAGGAGCUUUUUGAUAACAGACAUGACACGUCGUUACCACAGCACGCACACUCUCCAACAAAAACAGCCCACUAACACUUCAUCUGUGGACACCACUGAGGAUGUCACGCACAUAUUUGGAUGCAAUGUCCAGGUUUGCAUGCUUAUCAGGAAAGAUUAUAAUCAAAAGAUUAUUUAAAAUAACAUACCGCAACCAUGAUUCCUCAAAUAUUGUCAUCUGAAAAGCCAACAAUUAGAAAAGUGUGCAAGACCAGCAGUGGGUUAGCGAUAGCAUAAAGAUUGGAAAUGGGGGAAACAGCUAGCCUGGCAUACAAAGGUGACAAAAUCCAUCUACUGCUCACAAAUGAACAUAUAUCUAUUAAAACCACAACCUCUUAGUUUUACACUUUGGCAUUUGUGCAUAUUAAAUAAACAAGAUUUGUUUCUGGUCUUUAUGUUAAGCUAAGUUAAGCUAACCGUUUGCUGGCUACAGCAUCAUAUCGUGGUUAUAUCAUUCUUUUCAUUGAACUCUUAUAUUUUUUAACAUGUAAAAUAAUCUCUUUAAGUUGCUUGAACUUUUGUUAAGCAAUGUUGCAGUCAAUUAAAGUAGUCUAGCGAGGUUGUACACUGCCAACAACUAGAAAGAAAUAGCAACAAUAAAUGAGCUUCUUCCCUCAUAAUGAAACGAGGCCAUUUUAUGGGGAAUGUGGUUUGAAGACCUCAGAGCCCAUAACUUGACCACGACUUAUGUCCAUUCCUCUCGUUCCUAUCGUUGCUGUCAAACGCAUUCAUGCCUUUUCCAUUGCCUGUAUUUAAAACUGACAGCAUUGUCAUUUUCCAGGUGGAAGUCCCACAUCAUCUACGAUAACAAAAGCAAACGUAAAAGAGGCCUCCUCACUGCCAUGGAGUCUGCGUAAUGACGACGCUCGAGGGAUGAAAGCAUGUUGGGAUUGCUGAGGAGCCAAAACAAAACAAAACUGAAUUCUGACUCGUGAAAAAGAAAAUUUACUGGAAAUUUGCACAGCAGUUAUAGCUUUACAAGUUGUUUUUUUAAGUUUUUAAGCAUAAUUGGAUAUGGUGUUUGUAUAUUAAUUUGCAAUUAGUUGACUGAACUGUUUACCGAUAUGUUUUCCAAUUCACUGUUUUCUUGUAAAAUUGUAAAUAUGAUCGGCUGUUGGUUGAAUUAUGUGUCCAUUUCUAAAUAUAGCCAUUUGGUGUUUACAAUACUUGUCCGUGGACUGUUUUCUUUUUCUGGAUGAGUUCCACUUAAAAAGAAAAGGGUCAUGCUGUUGUGCAGCAGUGUUUUUUUACAUCAGUGAGUCAUCUUACUGGUCAAGCGCCACUGAUGCAUAUUCCCACUCACAACAUGCCCACGCCAGUCAGCACGCAUUAGAGCAGGGCUUUGGCGCACUUCGUUUGAACAAUUCACAAUGCAUGACAAGUGAAGAGAAGGAAUAGACAGCCACUACUAGCUCCACUGACAUCACAGAUGAGACAUCAACUUUAAACAAGAAUCACAAGAUCGAUGAGAGAGACAGCAAGAGACUGAGGGAUGUGAGCUAUCAGCAUCCUAAUCCCGGUCCUGCAUUUGUUUAUGCUUGUUGGAAAAGUUCCCCGACUCCGAAAUCCAACAAAAGACAACACAGUCAGGGGCUCAAGGGUGGCAACUGAGAAAACUACUAAUUACAUAAAUUCCAGACCCUUUUAGAGCGAUGUCUCGCUUCAAAGGCAUUCCAUUAAUUAAGUCCAUUAGUCUAAAAACUGUGGUAUGCACAGGAAAAUGGUGGGCAGUACUGUUGAGGAUAUGAGAUGGUAUAUUGAUUGAUAAGAGUAUUUAGAAGAAAAUCCAACCUUAAACAAGACAGAGCUGAGUUCAUCUCCAUAUGCAGUGCACCCUU